AUGGCAGGCCAUUCUCAUAGGCCAAGUGUCAAAAAUGGACACAAGCCAUUCAAGUCAAAGCAUGCUAGUAAGAGUGCUCUAAAAACCCGCACUAAGGGCAAAGUUGAGAAAGAAGGCAAUAUUAAGGGCAGAGUUCAUGUAAUGUCUAAGCAAGAGCGAAGAAAUACUGCCAAUCAACUUCGAAGCAAAAAGGUCAUUGAGGUCUCGGAGACCAAAAAAAUCUUUGACGGCCGUAAUUCUGCACCUAAAAUCGUAACCGUUAUUCCUUUGUCCGAAGACUGUGACCCUAGUUCUGUUGUCUAUCUCCUUAACGAAGCUGCGUCUGACAAUGCUAAUUCGGUCGUGGUCGAGAACCCUGGAUCCACUACUAUUUUCAUUGACAGAUUUAAACAGAAAUUGCGAUAUAUCAUUCCCAAAAGAAACUUUAUUGAUGUCCUAGACGCGGCGAAGGUUGCUGAUUUUGUCAUCUUUGUACUUUCGUCGUCCACAGAAGUUGAUGAGUUGGGCGAGUCUUACAUCCGUUCAAUUGAAUCUCAAGGUGUCUCCAACUGUAUUGCAGUCAUAAAUCCUGGUAUUUCAGAUGUUGGUAAUACCAAGAAACAAACUGAUGUUCGAGGUUCACUACUGAGCUACUUCACGCACUUCUUCCCCACGACAGAAAAGAUUUAUGCCCCUGAGAUCAGUGCUGAAGCAUUGAAUGUUACUCGUUUAUUAUGUCAAAAGUUUCCUAGCGGAGUUGGCUGGAGAGAUGCUAGACCCUAUAUUUUAGCUGAAUCUGUUGGCUUUGACCGAGAUACCAAUAGCCUUACAGUCGAAGGAUAUUUGAGAGGAAAAGGUUUGAAUGCUGAUCGCUUGGUUCAUAUUCCCGGAUUUGGUGAUUAUCAAAUUGAAAAGAUUGUCGACAGUUCCAUCGUUCCUAAACAUAAACAGGAACCUAUGGAGGAGGAUGAAAGAAUCCUUGCAGUUCCUUCGGAAAACCAGGAGAAUUUGGAAGAACUGGUGCCUGUCGAUGAAGAUAUGGACUCUAACGAUUUUGAAACUCAGACUAUGGAGGAUCAACAGUUAGGUGUUCGCUUGGAUGGCCAUCACUAUUUUACUCGUCAAGACUUGCACGAAGACUACGACAGUGAGGCUGAGGAGUCAUACAAACGAUCCAAGCCAUUGCCAUCUGGCACUUCUGAAUAUCAAGCAACUUGGAUCAUUGAUAACGAAGAAGAUGAAGCUAAUGAUGAAGAGCAGGCUGAUGACGCUAUGUUAUCAGACUCUGAAAUGCAUGAACUCAAUGGCGAGGAAGACAGUUUUGGCGCAUCUAGAACAACUCAGUCGGAAUACGCACCCAGCGAGGCAGGUGAUGUACAAAGUGAGUUAUUCGUUGAUCUUAGCGCUGAAGAAGAGAGCAGACAAUUAGAAGAAUUUAGAGCUAGAGCUAAGGAAGACCUUGAUUUCCCAGACGAGAUUGAAAUCCCUCCUAAUGUGAGUGCCAGAGAACGUCUCCACAGGUAUAGAGGUCUUAAGAAUUUGCGGACUUGUACCUGGGAUGUCAAUGAAAAAGAUCCUCGCGCUCCUGAAGAAUGGUCAGGGUUAACCCGCAUUGCCAAUUUCAAGGCCACUAGAAACAGAGUAGCAAAGCAAACUGUUUUGGAAGCUCAGGUGCAACCUGGUGCAAGAGUUAAAUUAUUUAUUAGAGCCCCCGAGUUUAUUGCAUCUUCAUUCACUGGUGAGAGUGUUUUUGUUGUUUAUGGACUAUUACAGCACGAACACCAGCUGUCAGUUGUAAAUCUAUCCAUCACCCCUAACAGCGAAUACGCUGAACCGGUCGCAUCCAAGGAUGCCCUCAUUCUCCAAUGUGGUCCCAGAAGGCUUGUUAUCCGCCCACUUUUCAGCCAAGCUGGAUCCAAUGCAUCGAAUAACGUUUACAAGUAUGAACGCUUCCUUCAGCCUGGCAGAUCCUCAACAGCUACAGUUAUUGCCCCAAUCACCAUGGGUAAUGUACCUGUUUUAUAUUUCAAACAAAAUGCAUCAUCUUUUGACCUUGUAGGAACUGGUAGUGUUAUGGAUACAAAUGUUUCGCGUAUUCUUGCUAAGAGGGUCAUUCUCACUGGACAUCCAUUGAAGAUUCACAAAAAGCUUGUCACUAUCAGGUACAUGUUUUUCAAUCCGGAGGAUAUUCUGUGGUUCAAGGCCGUGCCUCUAUUCACCAAGCUGGGACGUUCUGGUUAUAUCAAAGAGAGUCUUGGUACUCAUGGAUACUUCAAGGCCACCUUCGACGGCAAAAUCACAUCACAGGACACUGUUGGUAUGGCGCUUUACAAACGUGUCUGGCCUCGUGCUUCUACUCUCUGGACUAUGUAA